AUGGCGCCGGCAGUUCCCAAAAAACUAGCCAAGAAAUCGGCCACCAAGCCACCGGACAAGGAGGCAGCGAAGAAGGGGCCAAAGACGCCCUUCGCGAAGCCGCGGAAGGCGCCGGCGGUGAAGGUGAAACAAGAGGAGUGGACCGAAGAACGGUGGCAGGAAAACUGCGUGCAGCGCAAGUUAUCGACGGCGAAGCGGAGGGAGCGGCGGAUGGUGGAGCAAGCGAGGAAGACGACGGCAUCGCUUCUGCAGCAAAAAGUCGUGCUGGCCACGUGUACCACUACGACCGCCGCAAGCCCAUGGAGUUGUUCGACGAGCGUGUACAUUCUGGGAGUGGCGUCCCCGUCGACACCCGGUUUCUUUGGUGAGGCCGCAGCGGCGACGCCCGGGUGCCUGACACCGCGCUUGUUGCCGCGGUAUGAGGAUGCUCUGGCGCACGGUGGCUUCAACCCGAACGUCGUGUUAUCCCCGAAAUACGACGAGCAGCAGCGCCAACAAGGCCACGAUGCGGACGGCGUUGCCUUCACUAGCCGUAGGGGUCCGCUCCAAUUUGAGGGCGCCGUUGCUUCCUUCGGGAAGGAGGAGGCAGCGCGCGAGGAGGAGGACAGCGACGAGGAUGACGAAGAGGACGACGACGAAGAAGACGAGGAGGAGGAUGCCGUGGAGGAUGCAGAGGAUCUUGUCGAGGUUGACGCGACCGGCGUGAGGAAGAAGAAGGCGGACUCGGGCUUACGAGGCCCCAAGUGA